AUGACUAGCAGUGGAAUUGAUUCGUCUCGGCCUACAACGGCAUCUAUUGUCGCUUCAAAUCUUGAAAAGCCUUUAUUGGACGAACGUCAAUACAGGGUGAUUACUCUGCCUAAUAAGCUGGAAGCUUUGCUGAUUAAUGAUGUCGACACAGACAAGGCCAGUGCUGCGUUGGAUGUAAAUGUUGGUUCAUACUCGGAUCCGAAUGAUUUGUAUGGAUUGGCUCAUUUCUGUGAACACCUGCUGUUUAUGGGAACUGAGAAGUAUCCUUCGGAGAAUGAGUAUUCGCAGUACUUGUCGGAGCAUUCGGGAAGCUCUAAUGCUUACACAUCGUCGGAAGAGACAAACUACUUUUUCGAGGUGGCUCAUGAUUAUUUAGAGGGUGCAUUGGAUAGAUUUGCCCAAUUUUUCAUCUGCCCUUUAUUCUCUCCAGACUGUAAAGACCGUGAGAUCCGUGCCGUAGACUCUGAAAAUAAGAAGAAUCUCCAAUCGGACAGCUGGCGGUUACAUCAGUUAGACAGGUCACUUUCCAAUCCCCACCAUGUUUAUAACAAGUUCUCCACCGGCAACUUGACCACUUUGAAUGACGAGCCAUUGGCCAGAAACGUCAAUGUUCGCGAUGAAUUGCUGAAGUUCCAUCAACAGCUGUACUCUGCCAAUCUUAUGAAGUUGGUCAUUGUUGGACGGGAAUCGUUAGAUACUCUGGAAGAGUGGGUGGUAUCCAAGUUUUCUGCAAUUCGCAAUAUUGAUAUUCCACGACCUCAUUCUGAGUACCAUUCCAAUGGUAUUGUCCCGUUGACUUCAAAAGAGUUAGGUAAGAUAAUCCGGGCCAAACCUGUCAUGGACACAAAACAUUUGGUGUUGACUUUCCCAGUCCCUGACCAGCGUCCUGUGUAUACUGUCAAGCCCAGUCAUUAUUUCUCACAUCUUAUUGGCCAUGAGGGUCCUGGUUCAUUGUUACACUAUUUCAAACAGCGAGAGUGGGCUAAUUCACUUUCUGCCGGGUCUCAGCAUGUUAUCGAUGGAACUGACUUUUUUGUUGUCGAUGUUGAGCUUACUACGAAAGGUUUAGAUAACUAUGAACAAGUUCUUUAUGGAAUUUUCGAAUAUUUGAAGCUUCUUGAACUCACACCCCCUCAGUCGUGGAUUUUCGACGAAUUGAAAGAAAUGACAGUCGUAGACUUCAAAUUCAAGCAGAAGACAGAUGCUAUUGAUGUUGCCUCAAGACUGGCCACUGUUUUACAACGACCCGGUCUUCCACGAGAACACUUAUUAAGUCACAACUUGAUGCGGGACUACAGAUCUGAGUUGAUCAGUGAUUUCGUCACAUACCUUAACCCCGAUAAUUUCCGAGCGGUUCUCACUGGUCAAUCACUCAGUGGUCUCGAUAAGCGGGAAAAGUGGUAUGGAACAGAAUACUCGGAACAAAAUAUUGAUCCAGAAAUCCUGGCCAAAUUAAAGAACACCAAAUAUGAUGCUAAGACGUCGCCAUAUCAACUCCCUGCUAAGAACGAGUUCAUCCCUACGAACUUCGCAGUUAAUAGAAAAGAGCGAAAUAGCGACGAACCUCUGAAGCGUCCUAAUUUGGUCAGACGAACUGAUCAAGUGAGUGUAUGGCACAAAAAAGACGACACCUUUUGGGUUCCUAAGGCACGUGUCUAUAUCAAACUCACCAACCCAUUUGCUAACAUGACACCAUCGAACUCAGUGAAGACUGGUAUGUUUGUCAGCCUGAUCAAUGAUGCGUUGGUGGAGUUUGCUUAUAACGCAGAAGUAGCCGGCUUAAGAUAUGAAGUAGCUACUGCAAAGGGCGGUAUAGAGAUUUCCGUCAACGGAUAUAACGAUAAAAUCCUGGUAUUGAUUGAACGCAUUUUGGAGAAGAUCAAAUCGUACAAAGUAGUUGAUCCAAGUAGAUUUGAGGUGUUGAAAGAGAAAUCUCAGAGAUCAAAUCAAAACUUUGGCUAUACUGUUCCAUAUAACCAAAUUGGCCAGUACACAUACUUCUUGUUGAACGAACAUGUUUGGCACAUUGAUGAAAAGAGUGCUGAGCUUGAUAAUUUGGAGUUACAAGACAUGCAGGCUUUUAUUGGUGAAUUUGUCCGCCAGUUUCAGAUCGAGAUUCUUGCAUUUGGUAACAUAACCAAGGAGGAGGCGUUGAAGGUGUCUGAUCUUUGUGUGGACAUUUUGAGAAGUCGUCCACUGGCUGUUUCACAGAGAGUACUUGGAAGAUCGUACCUACUCCCCCCUAGCUCUAGCAAUUACUACAACAUCAACUUGAAGGAUGAAAAGAAUGUCAAUUCAUGUAUUGAUUACACAAUGCAGGUUGGUCUUAUUACUGAAGCUGAGAAGCGUGUUACUCUCGAGCUACUUGCUGAAAUCGCACAUGAGCCGGCUUUUAACCAACUAAGAACCAAGGAACAACUAGGCUAUGUUGUAUUUGGUGGAGUACGUAGUACCCGGACUACCAUGGGGUACCGUGUUCUAGUCCAGAGUGAACGUACCACGGACUAUCUCGAAGAACGUAUCGACCAGUUCUUGUAUAAAUUGGGAGACAUUUUGGAAAAGCUCCCUGAUGCCGACUUCAAGAGCUAUGUCGAAGCUGUCAUAGUGCGUAAACUGGAGAAGCGUAAGAAUUUAAGUGAGGAGUCUAAUAGAUACUGGACUCAUAUCCAGUCUGGUUACUAUAACUUCUUGAAACACGAGUCAGAUGUGGAAAUCAUCAGAACUCUGAAGAAAGAGCAUGUCAUUAAGCUCUACAACGAAUAUAUCAACCCCGACUCCCCUAGCCGAUCGAAGCUGGUGGUGCAUUUGAAGUCUCAAUCACCCCCAGUCCAAUCGCAGGAAGUGCUUAUAACCACGGCAGUCAUCAACCUUGCUUCAAAGUAUAAUAUUGAGUACACACAAGCGGAAAUGGCAGAGAUGGCCGAAGCGUGUCAAGGUAAAGAACUGCCAGAGAUUGUUGCAGUCAUUUCGGCCAAACUCUCUGCCAAGGGCCUAUCGAAUUCUGAUACUAGCAAGUUCCUUAGCGAGCUCAACGCUAGUGUCAACCCUACUGGCGAUAAAAAGUACCCGGAGGGCGAAAACAUUACCGAUGUCGGCCAUUUCAAGUCCCGUCUGGCUCUUACCGAAGCUCCUACACCUCUGUUCGACCUGUCUAUGUACCAGGAACAAGGUGCCAAGUUGUAG